AUGACAGACUUGUCAUCUUCCUCCUUCUUUUCUGAUUUUGGGCUGCUACUGUAUUUGGAGGAGCUAAACAAAGAGGAAUUAAAUAGAUUCAAGUCACUCCUAAAGAAUGAGACUUCGGAACCUGGAUCCUGCAGGAUACCCUGGUCUGAAGUGAAGACGGCCAAGCGGGAGGAUUUGGCUAACUUGAUGAACAAGUGUUAUCCAGGAGAGCAGGCCUGGGAGGUGGCUCUCAAAAUCUUUGGCAAGAUGAACCUGAAGGAUCUGUGUGAGAGAGCAAACGCAGAGAUCAGCUGUGAGUCAUGCUGGACUCACAUCUGCGGACCAGAGGACACUGGGGCCAGAGAGGUACAAGGUGAUCAGGAAGCAGUGCUGGGUGAUGGAGCAGAACACAGAGUUCAAAUAAGGGAAAAAAUUUGCAUCAUAUUAGAUAAGAACCAUUUGCUUGGAGAAUCUGAAAACUUCUGUCAUGAAAUUGCUCAGGAAGGCCGAGAUCUGUUGGAACGUUUGUUUGAUGAGGAUGUCAGAACAGGUUUGCAGCCACAGACCGUGCUCCUUCAGGGGGCUGCUGGCGUUGGGAAGACAACCUUGGUGAGAAUGAUGAUGUUAGACUGGGCACAGGGCAACCCCUACCAGCAGAAAUUUACCUAUGUUUUUUAUCUCAGUGCAAGAGAAAUUAACCAGUUGAGAGAGAGAAGCUUUGCUCAAACGAUAUCAAAGGACUGGCCCAGCACAGAAGGCCCCAUUGAAAGGAUUCUGUCCCAGCCGAGUAGUCUCCUUUUUAUUAUUGAUAGUUUUGAUGAACUGAACUUUGCCUUUGAGGAACCUGAGUGUGUGCUGUGUGCAGACUGGACCCUGGUACACCCCGUGUCCUUCCUCAUGAGUAGUUUGCUGAGAAAAGUGAAGCUCCCUGAGUCGUCCUUACUGGUGACGACAAAACUCACAGCUUGUAAGAAACUAAAGCCUUUGUUGAAGAGUCAGCAUUCUAUACAGCUACUAGGUAGGUCUGAGGAUGCGAGAGAGGCAUAUAUUUACCAAUUUUUUGAACAUGAGAGGUGGGCCUUGCAAGUGUUCAGUUCCCUAAGAAACAACGAGAUGCUUUUUAGCAUGUGCAAAGCCCCCGUAGUGUGCUGGGUCGUUUGUAGUUGUCUGGAGCAGCAAAUGGAGAGGGGUGGUGAUAUCACACUGACCUGCAAGACAACCACAUCUCUGUUUACCUGCUGUGUCUCUAGCUUGUUGACACGGGUAGAGGGAAGCUUUCCUAGUCUACCCAGCCAAACCCAACUGAGAAGCCUGUGCCACUUGGCUGCCAAAGGAGCACGGACUAUGACAUGUGUAUUUUACAAGGAAAAUCUCAGAAGGCAUGGGUUAGCGAAAGCUGAUGUCUCAGUUUUCCUGGACAUGAAUAUUCUUCAAAAGGACACAGAGUAUGAAAACUGCUAUGUGCUCACCCGCCUGCACAUUCAGGAGUUUUCUGCAGCAAUGUUUUAUAUGUUGCAAGGCAGUUGGGGCACCAGGGACAAUUCCUUUCAGUCUUUUGAAGACUUGGAGCUGGUACUUGAAAGGAGCAGUUAUAAAGACCCCCAUUUGCUGCACAUGAAAUGCUUUUUGUUUGGCCUUUUGAAGGAAGAUCGAGUGAAACAACUGGAGGAAACUCUUAACUGUAAAAUAUCACUGGAGAUGAAAUGGGAGAUAUUUCAGUGGAUGGAAACACUAGGAAACAGUGAACAUUUUCCAUCACAUCUGGUUUUUCUGGAGUUGUUUUACCACCUGUAUGAGACUCAAGAUGACGUAUUUAUAAGCCAGGCAAUGAGAUACUUCCAAAAGGUUGUCAUUGAUAUUUGUGAGGAAAUCCAUUUGCUUGUGUCUUCCUUCUGCCUGAAGCAUUGCCAGUGUUUACGGACCAUUAAACUGACUGUAAUUGUGAUAUUUGAGAAGAUGAUGUUAAACUCAAGCUUCCCUGCUGAAACUUGGUUGAGAUUUAUUUCUUUCCCUGAUGAUUGUCAGGGUAUCUCUAGUUCUCUGAUUCACAAUCAGAAUCUGAUGCAUCUUGACCUGAAAGGGAUUGAUACUGGGGAUAAUGGAGUAAAGUCAUUAUGUGAAGCCUUGAAACACCCAGACUGUAAACUACAGACUCUGAGGUAAGUCAUGACUUGGAAUCAAUCCUGCGACCUAACUAUGGUUUGUUGCCUAAACAUGUCUAAGGCUUUCGUCAGAAGCCAAAGCCUGUUAUCUCUGAAUCUAUCAACUAAUAAUCUCUUGGAUGACGGAAUGAAGCUGUUGUGUGAGGCCUUAAUGCAUCCAAAGUGUAACCUAGAGAGAUUAGGCUUAGAAAGCUGUGGGCUCUCGGUAGCUGGUUGUGAGGAUCUCUCUUUGGCUCUCACCAGCAAUAAAAGGCUGACACAUUUAUGCUUGGAGGACAAUGUCUUGGGAGAUAGUGGAGUAAAGCUUAUGAGUGAUGCCUUGAAACAUCCACCGUGCACUCUACAGAGCCUUGUGCUGAGGCGUUGCCAUUUUACUUCACUCAGCAGUGAAUCUUUCUCAACCUCCCUCCUACGCAACAAGAGCCUGACGCAUCUGGAUCUGGGGUCAAACUGCCUACAAGAUGAUGGAGUAAAGUUCCUGUGUGAUGUCUUUCGGCAUCCAAGCUGCAAUCUCCAAGACCUGGAAUUGAUGGGCUGUGUUCUCAUUAAUGCAUGUUGUCUGGAUCUGGCUUCUGCUAUUUUAAACAACCCAAACCUGCAGAGCCUGGACCUUGGGAACAAUGACUUGCAGGAUGAUGGAGUAAGAAUUCUGUUUGAGGCUUUGAGACAUCCAAACUGCAAUAUUCAGAGGCUUGGUUUGGAACACUGUGGUUUGACCUCUCUCUGUUGUCAGGAUCUCUCCUCUACUCUUAGCAGCGACCAAAAACUGAUAAAAAUAAGCCUGACCCUGAAUAACUUAGAGUGUGAAGGAAUUAUGAAGUUAUGUGAAGUCUUGAGGUCUCCUGAAUGUAAACUACAGGUUCUAGGGUUGUGCAAAGAGGCAUUUGAUGAGGAAGCCCAGAAGCUGCUGGAAGCUGUGGGGAGUAGCAAUCCAUGCCUAGUCAUUAAGCAGGACUGUAAUGAUCAUGAGGAAGAAGAUGGUUCCUGGUGGCAGUGUUUCUGA